AGUAAUGGUUAGCUGACCAAAUCUCUCUGUUGGCCAAAAUUAUGCGAGUAAACUGCGCUAAUACUGGAGCAGUGAUUAUUUUUGGGAGAACUGAAUGGACAGAAUACUGGAAUAAAUUAUAUCUACCGUUCUGUGUCUCUCAGUAAACUUAUUUACGGAGGAUCCCGCUAACACCAGGAGAAUGAAUUUCAAGGAUUCAGUAUGCUUAUUUUCUAAUUUUUCGUGAAUUGAGGGGAACUUGAGAGAAGAUCUGUGAAAAUGUGUGAAACGAACCAAACUUCUGUGCAGCCACAGCUAUAUAACUGUGAAUCAACUUUAGGAAAUGCUAGCUGUCAAAAAUCGACAAAAGAAAAGCCUCGUCCAAAACCACAGACGUGUAAAGUGUGUGGGAAAGUACUCGCUUCAGCAUCCUCAUAUUAUGUUCAUAUGAAGCUACACUCUGGCGAUAAACCAUUUCAGUGUAAGUUAUGUGAAGCAAGUUUCAGUCGCAAACCAUAUUUGGAAGCCCAUGUUAGAACGCACACGGGGGAACGUCCAUUUCAGUGCAAUGUAUGUCUUAAAUGGUUUAGCCAGAAAAGCAGUCUCAACACACACAAGCGGGCACACACAGGGGAGAGACCCUAUUCUUGUGAUAUGUGCGGAAAAAAAUUUGCUGUCAAGAGCUAUUUGACAGCACAUAAAUGGAGUCAUGUUGUAGAUAUGCCUUUAGUUUGUGGAAAAUGUAAUGUAACAUUUACCUCAAAACAGGAUUAUGCUUUGCACGAGAGAUUACAUGCAACAGGCUUGAACUUUGAGUGUCAUGUCUGUGGCCGUACAUUUGCUAAAGACAGUUACCUGAUUCGUCAUGUGAAUCGCGUUCAUCAUAGUGUAAAGGAGGUAGCAAAUGACCCGUCUGGAAAGCAAGUGGCUAGUAUAAACUCUGACAUACAUAAUGCAUACACAGGUGAAGUAUCGAAGAACAACAUGCUUGUAAAUAGUGGGCACCCAGGUGACAGUCCCACAGACCAAAUGACACAGCCAAGUGAAGAAGGUAGAGGUACACUUUCAAGUGAUCUGCUUGCACACAGUGUUGCAUAUAACCAUUUUAUGGUACCAUGCUGAGAAUAUUCUCAAGAUUGUGUGUUUGGACUGAUUUGAAAUGUAAAAAUACUAGCUGCUUUGAGUAUUGUUUUCCUUGUGGACUGUGUUAUUUUGACGCAUGCAUAUCUUAAAACUAGUCUAAUUUAAUGGAAAUACAUUACAUGUUUCCAGAAUCUCAGAAUGCUUUUAGAGCUUCUGUGUAAAUAA